AUGAGCGGCGAAGACCCCCAAGAGCGGCCCGACUACAUCACGAGCAUCAUCAAUGGCCUAGAGCGCUACAACCCGGAGGCGGUCGGCAGCCUGGAGGGGUACCUCAGCCAGCAAUGUGAGGAGAGAUAUUGCGACUGCAACGCCAACAGGACGUUGCUUAAGCUGUACCAGCUGAACCCCGACCGCAUCAAGGAUGAAGUUAUCACCAACAUCCUCGUCAAGGCCAUGACGCAGUUCCCCUCCUCCCAGUUCAACCAAGCGAUGCACCUCAUCAACCCCUCCGCCCAGACCUCCAACUCUGAGCUCUCCGAGGCCGUCGCCAAGCUGCGCGAGCUCAACAACCAGCUCGAGGGCGCGCAGUACGCGCGCUUCUGGGCCACGCUCGACUCGGACGACCUGUACGCCGACCUGACCACCGACAUCAGCGGCUUCGAGGAGAUCAUCCGCCUGCGCAUCGCCCAGCUCGUCAGCCAGGCCUUUAGGGAGAUCCAGGUCGGCAUUCUGGAGCAGUGGCUGGGCAUGUCGGACGACGGCGUGCGCAAGUUCGUCACCGAGACGUGCGGCUGGAAGGUUGACGGCGCCAACGUGCUGAUUCCCAAGAACCCCGAGAACGAGGCGAAGAAGGCCGAGAUCAGGGAGGACGUCAACGUCGACAUGUUCUCAAGGGUAGUCCGGAGGGCAUGGGAGGAGGCGGCGUAA